CUCAUUUUUGACAAAAGUUUUAAAAAGAAAAUGAAACAAACUAUAUUUAAUAUCCGGAACAAAACAUAUUAGCAUUCAGCAACAAAAUUUCGCGUACACUUUUGUUGUUGGUGACUAAUCUACCUAACGCUGCUGUUAUGCUCUUCCUGUAAACUAAAUAAGGUGCAUAACUCAAAAUUGCUUACCCAUCGAAAAUGUGUUCUAAACGGUGCAAACAUUCCUUUAAAGAUCGGAUACCCACUUGUGGCAUUGAGCGCAAAGCACAUGAAUGUCCAAUACCAUUACCUGCGUGCAUAUUACAGAAAGAUGACGCUAUUGACUGUGAUAAAUGCAGGCCACCGAAUGGCGCACAUGAGCACAUCUGCUUGUGCAAACCAGAUCAACCAGGGUCAAAACAUUCAAGUCAACAUGAAACGCCAACUAUAUCAGAAUCUCAGUCGCCACAACAACAAAGUAUCGUAGAAUUUCAGCAAUCAACUGAAAAUACAAAUAAUGAGCCUCUUAAUGGAACUAGCAGUCGUGAAAAUACAAACAAUCCGCUGUCUACUACAAGUUACAACAAGCAAGAAAAGAUCUCUCCAGCACAUAUAAGAUACAUGGACGAAUGGGAGGCGAUGGGUGUUAUGUUGGCGACAAAUGGUCGUGUUUGGGGAUUAGAAGAUAAGGGAUUUGCAAGACAAUACAAGGCGGCCUUAAGCGCAGUAAAUACUAAAUUUGAAGAGGAAGCUGCCAAUAUGGCUGGACGUUCAACUUAUUAAUGUCAAUUAUAGGAAUAUUAUUUCGCGACCUUAAGAGAUUCGAUAUAAUAUUGUAUGUGCUUCGAUGAAUAUUAAAAAUUAGUCCAGUCAUUAUUGUAAGUUCACCUCGGAAUUCGAUAUACCCAUUUAUAUGUCUGUAAAUAUGUACUACAGACAUAUAAAUGGAUAUAUCGAAUUCCGAGAUUCUUACCCAAUUUAAGCUUAAAUGACUGGACUAAAUUACGAGCAUAAUUUACCGUAUAAUGUUAACAAUAACAUAGCCAAUGUUUAGCAAUCCUUCGGAAUCAAACCAUUUAAAGUAAAAAAAAAUAUAAAAAUAGCAAAACAUCGAGCUAAUUUAGAAAAAAAAUUUAAGUUUGGUUGCCAAACUCCCGUUUGAAUCAAAACUUUAUUGUAAAAGAGUGCAAUUAUAAUUUUUUUGAUGAAAAUGCACAAUAAAUAAACAAAGCCCGCAGUAGAUAAAAUAUUCAUUUAUAGGUGGGGAAAUAGGAAUUUCAAUUUUUUUCGAUUUUUUUGUUUAAUAUUUCAAGAUCCCAGUAAAAUGUCCAAAGUAAGGAGCCCCUCAUAAAUUUAAAACUACUACACUGAUCAUUUUGAAGGUGUGAACACUCUUUUUUAUACAUAUUUGAAAGCUACGAGGUAACGUUGGAGAGUUUUUUAAACUUGUUAAUAGUUCUGAUUUUACAAUAACUAAUUAACUGAUUUUUUCAUCAAAGGGCGCCUAGUAAGUAAAAAAUAGAAAUUUUGAAAACAGUUUAGCGUUACUUGGAAAAAGCGAUUAUCUAACGAUAUAAUUUUGAUUUCAAAUUGUAUUUAACCA